UAUAUUACGAAAACGCGGCGAGUCGGUCUGAAAUCUGAAUGCUUAAUUUUAUUGUGUCAGCGCGCGCGGCAUAGUUAGGCGCGCUGGGAGGGAAACGGUCGCGCCGCGCGGCCAUUUUUGUGAUUUCGGCGGGAAAUCUGACGUUCCGUUUUGUGAAAAGUGAAUUGUGUUUUUUUAAUUAAUGGAUGUUUCUGGUCGGAUGCUGUGAUUGUUUGGCGGCGAGAUGAAUAAGAAGUCUCACAAAAAGAAGCAAAAGAAGCGUGGGAAAGGCGAUGGGCGGAACAAGGAAAAUAUUCCCGAGGCCGAAGUCGAGGCCGAGGAAGCUCAGGAGGUCCAGGAGGCCCUACCGACAUCUGAUCUGUGCUAUGAGGUCAAACACUCGGACGUUAUGGGACGGUACUUAGUAGCUCGUCGCGACAUCCGCGCUGGGGAGAUAAUCCUAGAAGCUCCCGCGUUGGCUGUGGGUCCGUGCGCAGGCUGUCCCAUCGUGUGCCUCGGGUGCUACCGCGAGCUGCAUGACGUGGCCUUAUACAAAUGUGACGGCUGCAAAUGGCCGCUCUGCAGCAAGACAUGCUUCGGCCGAGGUCGGUACACCGGGCACUCCACGUACGAGUGUGAGGCGUUGAAGAAGUGCCCUCCCAACUACAAUGAGCUGGAGGAUUUGAAGGAGUCGUACCAUGCAUUGAUGCCUUUAAGAUGCCUACUACUAAAAAAGGCUGAUCCAUCCAAAUGGGCAGCGGUGUCAGCCAUGGAAGCCCAUAAUGCUCUUCGGAAGGAAAGGCCUGAUAUCUGGCCCAGCAACGAAACCCAUGUGCUAAGCCGGCUGAGGGCUUGGAGAAUGGGGUUUGAUGAUGAAGAAGUGCACACUAUUUGCGGGAUACUUGAGGUGAACGCCUUCGAAGUCGGCGGAGGUGGGGCUAAUGCGCGCGCGCUUUACGACCAAGCGUAUCUCCUGGCUCACGACUGCACUCCGAGUACAACCCACACAGAUGCCGAGACGAAGCCAAACAGACCUCUUACCAUACGAGCGGCCGUGCCACAUAAGGCAGGGGACUUAUUGUCGCUGUGCUAUGCGUAUACGUUACAGGGCACGUUGAAACGCCGCGAGCACAUCAAACACAGCAAGUUUUUCGACUGCUGCUGCCGGCGCUGCGCCGACCCCGCCGAGCUCGGCACCUUCGCCAGCGCCUUCCGCUGCCCCAAGUGCGCCGGCCGCGUGCUGCCCGCCGCGCCGCUCCGGCCCGGGGCGCCGUGGGGCUGUGUCGACGGCUGCAGCUACAGUAUGUCGGCGGCUGCUGUUCAACUGCUGCUUAAAAGGCUAACAGACGAGUUUGAGCAAAUCGACGCCGACGACGUCCCUGGCUUCGAAACCUUCCUCCACAAGUACCGGAACGUCAUACACGGGGGGCACUACCUGCGACUUUCCGCGCUUCACUCGUUGUCGCAGCUGUACGGCAAAGCGGCGAGUUACCUCAUCCAUGAGAUGCCCGAGCCCGAGCUGCACAGGAAGAUUGAAGUGUGCCGUGAGCUGAUGAAGGCCUUCGAUGUCAUUGAGCCGGGAUAUUCUAGGUUACGAGGUGUGACGCUGUACGAGCUGCACGCGCCACUGAUGAUCUUGACCACACGCAAGUUUGAGAGCAAAUCCAUCUCUAAGGACGAGCUGCGUACAAGGUUGAAAGAGAUUGUAGGCUACCUCUCCGAAGCUGCUCUGAUCCUCGGCUUCGAGCCUUCCCAGUCCUCCGAAGGUCUAAUGGCUUCCGCCGCCAAGGAUGCCCUCAAGAAGAUCAAGACUUGGGAACAAAUCAUCGGCAAGAUCUCAUGAACGUAGUAGUCUUCCGUUUGGACUGGAAAAUGCACCUUAAUGUUUUUGCUGAUUGUUUUUGGGUCAAGGCCUAGCCAACGUGCCAAUCGUUUACGCUCCGUAGCGAACGAAACGCAACUGUCUCUGUCGCACCAACGCUACGGUGCAUAUACGAUUGGAACGCUGGCUUAGCAUCCUGUUGAUAUUUGUUGUACAGCCAGUAUUAAUUGUAACGGUUUGGACUAUGCGUUAAAAAAAUGUUCUCUAAUGGUGCUCCAACAUUGGCUGUUAUAAAAUGUUAUAUUACAUUUGUGUGACAGGGACAACAGAAUAAAUUGCUUUCAAUACUAUCAUGAUUAGCUGAGCUAAAAUAGAUAGCUAUAUAUGCAGGAUAAACUAGACUGUAUCAGAUUCUUUAGAUCGCGAACUGUAGAGAUUAAGCUCUAUUUGGAAAAUCCCACUUCUGACAUCAUGUUUUAUAAUUGAAACGCCGACUUGCAUCAAGUAAUUUUACUGCCUAAGACUAUUUUACAAUGAAUGCGCAGAGUUAGACGAGUAUGACGUGUAUCUCAGCCAUCGCCUCCCUCAACCUUCAUUCGGGAAAAUGGCGACCCGAUCAAGGACGCCACCGUAAGCAAACACUUUUAAGCGAGCAAGCGAUACUUUGUCACUUGUUUGACAGCCACGUAAAAUCUAUAACAAAGGAUAUUUGAUAUGAAAGGUACAAAAUUGUUGACAGUUGAUGGCUGAAAGGCACUUUUUGAUGAUGAGGUUUAUUGAAAUUUGUGAUUUAAGAUUGUUUUUGGUCCGCUAGAGACGCUAGCAUUUGAGAAGUAUUUAUCUAAAACAUAGCUCUAUGUUGUUCUAGUAAUGUUUUUCGUCUUCAGUCUUAUUUUUCAGGUAUCUUUUGGAAUAAGGAGGAGACUUACCGCGAAAACUGAAAUUCUAAAAUUGGGGAAUCUUUCUCUUUUACUCUUAAUAUGACGUAAUUAAUUUCAGAGAAAAAUGCCCGCAAUUGACGAACUUCGAUUUUCGCGGUUAUAGCUGGGCUAUGUAACAUUAUAUUUAACAAAUCUGUUAUUUCUCUUCGUCGAGAACAAUCGGUAUUUAACUGUACGGUCGAGUUCACAAAUAUCUUAACAAAUCAACGUUCCAAAAUAUGUGAACGAAACCGACAAAACGUCCCACUUUGUCGCUUACCAUAAGGACGCCUUGACAGUUUAUUUUAUACAAGCAAAUCACGUCCUUAUGGCAAGCGACAAAGUGGGACGUUUUGCCGGUUUCGGUCAGAUAUAAGUCUUUACACGACCUAAUUGUCAGUGUCUUUAUGGCUUGUAAAUUAUUUAUACAUUUUGACCGUUGACUUGUAAAUAUGUUUAUGGACUCGACUGUACAACCUAGCUAUACAAGUACACAACAUAAUAAUUUUAUACUCGUACUAAUUGACGAGAAAAAUCAUAUUAUCUUUUGCUCCCAUUACUUAGCAUUUGAUUCACUGGUUCAAUAAAGAUGGACACCACCAUCUCUAUCCACCAUCGCACUUAACUGUUCAAACUAACGUUAGAUUUAACUUAAAACGUUCUGUGAAAUUUAAAUGUGAUCUACUUAUUAACUUGUAUAUAAAGUCAGCUUUAGUAGUCACUCAAAAAUGGUAGUCAUAUUAUCAAAAUUCCAAGAUCUCUAUCAUACUUGCAUAGUAAAAGAAAUGAAGAGAGAAGAGAGACACAGAGAUACACAUUUCAACAUUGACAUAGUUAUAUCUAAGGACGAGCCUUACGGGCACUAAGAAUGGUACUAGUUCAGUGGUGUCACUUACGAAUUCGAGCCAAUCGUGCAGUCUAACGCAACUAGUUGCGACCAAUCGCGCGCGUGAUGCGAACUCAUCACUCAUCAAUCAAUCGCGUUGUGGCGUUGUGCGUGGCACCGCUGUACUGGCCCCAUUCUUAUUGCUCGGAAAUUGCUUUGCAAGCUCAUGUCAAAACCAGUAAAAAACCAUACCAAAUUGCUACAUCUUAAGCGGGCUCAAGGUUCAUGCUGAGUGACUCUUAGGCUGACUAUACGAAUCUCUAUUAAUAAUUUAUUAAAAUACUCUUAUAUUUUAUGUAUGCUAUCUUAUAAAAACUUAUUAUUAAAUACAUCAAAAUAUCUAUUUUAUGAAUCUCUACCUUUAUUAUUAUUAUACAACUUUUGAAAUUAUAUUCAUUCCUUCCAUUACUAAAAGACAAAUCAAUAAUGAUCGUGUGAAUUGUAUACAAAGAAAAAAAAUGUUUUAGCUACUAAUUCAAUGUUAUUAUUAAAUAUAUACUUUUUAAAGAAGAUUA